AUCCAAUCCCUGUUUGACUUUUUCUUUAAAGAGAAAUUAUAGAUGAAACUACGACAGCCUGGCAGACACUUAAAAUGAACUCGCAUGUAAUUCGCAUGUUUGUGGAUAUAAAAAAGGAACGAUAAUCUUCCUCAUCCCAUGACGCCGACCCACACCAUAUCCGACUCCUCCCCGCCCGAAGCCUGUUGUAAAGAUGGCGUCCAUCAUGGAGGGGCCGCUCAGCAAGUGGACCAACGUCAUGAAAGGCUGGCAGUAUCGCUGGUUUGUUCUGGACUACAAUGCCGGCCUGCUGUCGUACUACACGUCAAAAGACAAGAUGAUGCGAGGAUCCAGAAGAGGCUGCGUACGACUCAGGGGAGCUGUGAUCGGCAUCGAUGACGAGGACGACAGCACAUUCACCAUCACUGUGGACCAGAAGACUUUCCAUUUCCAAGCCCGAGAUGCAGACGAGCGGGAGAAGUGGAUCCACGCCUUAGAGGGAACUAUCCUCCGGCACACCCUCCAACUCCGGGAGGCUGAGACGGGAUUUGUUCCUAGUGUUCAAGACUUUGACAAGAAGCUAGCUGAAGCUGACGCCUACCUACAGAUUCUGAUUGAUCAGUUAAAGCUGUUUGAUGAGAAGAUCAAGGACUGCAAAGAGGAUGAAUCACGCAGAAAAAUUGAACAUUUGAAGGAGACUACUUGUAGUAUGGUAGAGUCCAUCAAGCACUGUAUUGUACUGCUGCAGAUUGCCAAGGACCAAAGUAACGAACAGCAACACGCAAACGGACUUCUAAGCACCAUCAACCCAGUGGAUGGGAUCUACCAGCCCCCUCUGGACACUCCAGCAGUGAACACAAUGCCAACACAGACAACACUACCCCCAGACGCGUCUCAGGUGUGCAAAUCAGACCAACGACCCUCCACGUUACCUGUUGGUCCCGUCGUCACAGUGAUGGGCAGUCUGCAGACCCCAACUCCCAACAGCACAGGGAGUGGCCCGUCAGGCCCCAGCAGCGGCGUCGCCUCCCCGGCUCACAUCCCCCUCCCCUCACACUCAGUGCCAGACUUCUCCUACUCCUCCAGUGAGGAUGAAUUCUAUGACGCUGAUGAGUUUUACCAGAGCAACACUUCCCCCAAACACUGCAUAGAUCCCUCAGGGCCUCCAGCUGCCUCGCCCCUUACUAAUGAAGAAACGGCUCUGAAACGACCCAACACUACAGAGUCCCUCAACUCUUCGAUGUCCAAUGGCACCACAGACACGGACCAGUUCGACUGUCACGAUGACCGUGACGAUGACGGUGAAGGGGAGUCUGUGGAAGAGCACAAGAGCGUCAUCAUGCAUUUGCUGUCUCAAGUUCGAUUGGGCAUGGACCUCACAAAGGUGGUCCUGCCUACCUUCAUCCUAGAAAGAAGGUCUUUGUUAGAAAUGUAUGCAGAUUUCUUUGCACACCCCGACUUAUUUGUAAGUAUCGCUGAGCAGCCAGAGCCCAGAGAGCGCAUGGUGCAGGUGGUGAAGUGGUACCUGUCGGCUUUCCAUGCCGGAAGGAAAGGCUCAGUGGCCAAGAAACCGUACAACCCAAUCCUAGGAGAGGUCUUCUACUGCCACUGGGAUCUUCCCAGCGAGACAGAGGAGCCUUCGCCACCUACGGAGACUGUAUCAGAAGGCCCGGUUCCCUGUGCUUCGUCCAACAGCGUGUCUUUUGUGGCAGAGCAGGUCUCUCACCACCCGCCCAUUUCUGCGUUCUACGCAGAGUGCUUAAGUAGGAAGAUCCAGUUCAACGCUCACAUUUGGACUAAAUCUAAGUUUCUGGGCAUGUCCAUAGGUGUCCACAACAUCGGUCAAGGCUGCGUGUCAUGUUUGGAGCACGAUGAGCAUUACAUUCUCACCUUUCCUAACGGAUAUGGCAGGUCGAUCCUCACUGUGCCGUGGGUGGAGCUUGGUGGAGAGUGCAACAUCUCCUGCUCCAAGUCGGGCUACAGCGCUAACAUCGUGUUCCACACCAAACCCUUCUAUGGUGGAAAGAAGCACAGAAUCACUGCAGAGAUUUUUUCACCGAACGACAAGAAGUCUUUCUGCUCCAUUGAGGGAGAGUGGAACGGAGUCAUGUAUGCUAAAUGGGUGACUGGAGAGAACACGGUGUUCAUAGACACUAAGAAGAUGGGCAUCGUUAAGAAGAGAGUGAGGAAGCUGGAAGACCAGCUGGAGUACGAGUCUCGAAGACUGUGGAAGGAUGUGACCCUGAACCUGAAGAUAAAAGACAUCGAUGCAGCAACAGAAGCCAAGCACCGGUUGGAGGAGAAACAGAGAGCUGAAGCCAGAGAGAGAAAGGAGAAGGAGCAGCAGUGGGAGACCAGGCUAUUCCACGAGGACGGGGAGUGCUGGGUCUACGACGAGCCGCUAUUAAAGAGAUUAGCCUCCCAGAGGCACUGAGAAGACCGCCCCACACUCGGAUGCAUCAAGAAUGCACACAACAGAGUCUUCAUAAGAACUCUUUUGCAGAAACCACUUGUUAUUCAAGCCUUGGAAUGACUGAUGAUUGAAUCUCUACACUGCUUUGCAUUUGACUGUAAAACAAUAUGGAAAUGAAUGAAAAGCAUCAAAGAUGUAACAUGAAUAUUAGUAAAGCUCCUCUCCUUAUUUGGUCAGUCUCUCAUCCACCGAUACCCACCACCUGCCAACAUGAGACUCUGCAGCACAGAGCGGAGAGGUCACGUGCCUCCCGUUCGUCCACACCCUUCAGCAGCUCCACAGGAUGAGCCAGAGCAACACUCCUUCCCUACAUCUAUAGUUUUUUGCAGGGGGGGGUGGGGGGUCUGUGGUCGAUGGUGUUCGGCUCAAGUAAUAGCUCGACAAAUAAAACGGCGCUCUACAUCUCAGGGAAUCUGGUGACUGAGGAAAGAAAGCUGGUGCCCCCACCCAGAGUCUGACAGCCUUAUAACGGUGGAACGGAUGAAUCUUAAAGGGGCGGGAGAGGAAAAUCUCUGCUUGCCUGCAACUAGUUAGAACUGUUUAUAUAUAGAUAUACAUAUGAUGGAUAUAUAAAUAUAUAUUCUUUUUUUUAUUUCUAAUGCUCUUAUUGUUUAUUUUUCUUUGCGGCAAUAGUGUAAAAAAUAUUUGAAGAUCUGAACCUGAACCUUUACAUCCUGAGGAGUCAUUCCAUUUAGCCUUUUAAUGUUUUGUUCCCAUUUCAGAGUUACCUUUGCCACCCAUUUGGAUCUCACUCGCUGUUCUGUGUCUCGAGUAUUAUCCAGAAACGAAGCCCUGCAGAAAGCCAUAGCAUCCAAACGCUGAUUUCAAGAGUUGUGGCUGAUUUCAAAUAUGCAAUACUGAUAGAAAUAACAAAGUUUGCCUGUGGGAGGACAAAUUCUGUCCAUUAUGCCAAAAAAAAAGGUUUAGAGAAAAGGCUGAAGGGACUUUUGUCUGGACAGAGACCAAAACAGUCUUCUGAGAAGGUUUUGAAGGCAUUUAUGAACAAAUGAUUGUUUACAUACUUUUGUCUUUCUGGACAGCAGGUCCACGAAUAGGACGAAAGGCUCGAACUGAGUCUGUAAAGUUUGGUUUUGUUCUGCACAUCACACAUCCUCGUUUCCUCUCAGAUCAGAGUGGGUCGCCUCGUUAUUCGCUCGCACUUUGUCAGAGUGUGAAGAGAACGAAAACGUGAGACCGGAGUCGGCCUUUAAAAACACCAGUGCACUUUCAUAGUGCUGCUACAGUCCAGACGUUGUUCUGCUGGUUGAAUCUUCUGUUUUUCCAAGUUUCAGAACCACAUAUUUAUCCUGCUGUACACCCCCAGCUUUGUUGAACCAUGGUUCUCUUAUUUACAGCUGCAUCGGUUGGAUCUGAAUGCAAUGGUAGUUGAAUGAGAUGAAGAAAUAAAAAUAUAUAUAUUUA